AUGUUUGCAGUGAGACGAUUAUUGAGUGUAGGUCGUCGAACGGCCCUGCCACAGUUGCAAGAAAAUGUGAAAAGUGUAAAAAGUCUGGUAACUCCUUUGCUCUCUAUCGAACCAAGAGUGUUGAUCACGUCUCGGAAGGCGUCGAAAUUUGUCGAGCUCAAAGAAGUAAACAGCAAAGGAGAGUCUAUCGUGUUAGCUGAGCUGAGCGUGCUAGACAGUACGGAGAUUGAAACAAAAUUGAGCACUGAGCAGGACGACCAUGGCCGCGAUCAAUUAGAAGUGACCUACACGUGCCCGAGAUGUAACUCGCUCAAUCAAAGAACCAUAAAAAAAUGGGUCUAUGAAAACGGCACAAUCACUGCUCGAUGCCAGGGCUGCGAUGAUAAUCAUGUUGUUUGCGAUCAUCACGGAAGUUAUGAUACCAAUGGAGAAUAUGAACUCGAUGCAAUCUCCGAAAUGGUACUAACUCAUAAAAAGUAUCCACGAAAGCUUCCCAAAGAAAUUCUGGAUGUUAUUGACCGUUAUUAUUCAAAAUCAUAA